UUGUCUCGGUUGCAUGCAGUUUCGACCUCUCAAGCAGCAGCCCCCCGUUCUAACCCAUCCAAACACCUGGUGGGAACACACCCACUCCUCUUCCUCCUCCUCCUCCUCCUCCUCUCUACCCUCCUGGUUCCUGCCCUCGUCCCUCCUCGCCUUCCUAUGGCAAUCCUCCUAUGCCUGUAAGCACACUCUGGAGCUGCUCUUAGGGGAGCCGCUAGGGGAGGCUCUCUCAUCCCCACUAUUGUCUGCUUUUAUAACGCUCAUUGUUAUCUACACUGUUGGCACGUGCCUGGGUGGUUUGUCCACUCCAGCUGCGAGAGCAAAUGGGGUUCUGGAGGAGGUAGAGGAGGAGGAGGAGGAGGAGGAAGGGGAGGAGGAGGAGGAAGAGGAGGAGGAAGGAGAGGAAGACGGAGAGGAAGGGAGAGAGGGAUGGGUGGGAGAGCAGCAGAGGAUGCAACGGGUGAAGAAGAGAGAGGAGGAGAGAUCAGCACAGGAAUCAGUGAAGGCGUGGCAAAGAAAACGACUGAGCAUGUGGGAGCACCCCUCUGAGCAACCCCCAUCUGUCUAUCCUCCGCUUUCCACAGUCACCACCAGCACCAGCAGCACCAGCAGCAGGGAUGCAGCAAGGAGUGUCGGCAGGAGCAGUGGCGGCAGCAGCAGAGGGAGGAGAAAAGAGCAGCCAGGCAGGGUUGAGGGCAGAGUGGUGGAGCUCUCUUCGCCCACGGAUUGCUGGUGGCUGCCGGCUGAAAGGCGAACCGGCAGCAGCAGCAGCAGCAUGUCAUAUAGCAGUGGUAACAUGGCGCCAUAUGCUGUGGUGUUGGUGCUACGAGAUUGCGCGCCGUCUGAGAAAGACGCAGCUCUGACUAACUACAAAGAGGUAGCAUCGUCCUUCGUCAACGAAUCGAGACUCAUCUUCUCCUACGUUGACUGCUCUAAACACCACGCCUGGCUCGCAUUGCUCUCGCUUUUCUCUCCCCUGCGAAAGGGAGGAACAAUAAGUGAGGGUGCGGAGUUGAGCCAUGGGGACGGGUGUCGCAUCAGAGAAGGGAGUGGGAAGGAGAGAGAGGAGGGGCAGGAGGAAAGCGAAGGGUGGGUGGAGGUGGAGAGUGAAGGGAUGGCAAGAAAUAGGAGUGAAGGGAGCAAAGAUAGAAGAUCCGGGCUUGGUGUUGGAACAGCAGCAGUAAUAGCAUGGCACCCGCAUAUGACCAAAGCUCAGUGUAUAGGGGACAUACAGAGCGGCACAGUGGAUGUGCUUGUAACAAGAGUGGAGCGGCUUUUAGACGGCUCGUCUGGCCCAUGGGUGCAAGCGACAUGGCCUGCUUUGACAUGACUCCAUGAGUCAUGACCCUUUCUAAGCGAUUCACUUGCUCACGGUCAAAGGUGGUGCUCUUGCUUGUUUGUACAUAUUCACCUCACAUGUGAGUGUGGCAUGUGAGUUGUACCAUCGUGAAUCAUGAUUCACUACACCCUAGACUUGCAGCAAUGGUGCUGUUGCGUAUUUGUUUGUUGGUAAUUGAAUCUCUGGCCCUCUGUGGCAAAUGUGCUAGUCAUCUAUAGGUAGUGCAGGCUAAAGGCAGUGCAGCGCAGAUUCUCCAGUAAGAUACGAUAACUACAGCACCUAGCACAGUUUGGAGCAAUGCCUGAUGUGAAUAUUAGCCCACACUGUCAAAUGUAACUUAGGUUGUUACUGUAGACUAUACUGGAUUGUGCCUUUGAGGGUACGAUACCCUAGU